AAAGGAUUCGUGCUUAUGUUGUGGAAAAGAAGGCGUGUUUGAGUGAAUUUUGGGGAUUUUGCUGGACCUUUUGUUUUCUCGUUAGACGGUCAGCUACAUUACCGAGUGUGUUUCUAAACUAAAUCGGCGUUUUACCGAGUGAGGCUUUAAAAAAAAAGUAAUUUCGGUGUACCCCAAGCGCUUUAUUCACUUCAGUUGAACUGUUUGGACCGCCAUAUUGCACACGGCAUCCACAGUUUUACCGUGGCCGCAGUUUGAACACACACCUUCAGCGGAAUUUAAUAAUUAACGCCAGACAUCAUUUGUACGGUUAACUAUUAUAUAUGAGAUAAAUUGACCCAAAGUCCGAAAACAAUUAACAUUAUGCCUUCAAGGUGAAUCCAAAAGGGGCCAGGCAAGGAAGUGCACUGUUACAUAGUAUGUUUGUGGCCGGGGUGUUUCGCAUUUCAUAUGGAAACUGGAGACCCGUGUGGAGACAGGUUCGCUUGGUGAAGUCCCUGGCACAGUAUGGACACUUGCAGAAGAUGCGCUACUGUGCAGCCCAUUCAGCACAAUGCCAGACACGUAAAAAUUACCUUGAGCUCAGUUAUGGAGGCAUUAAGAUGCACUUGGACUACGUGUGGCUGCGGGAUCACUGUCGCUCCGCUGCCUGCUUCAACGCCAGCACCAACCAGAGGAACAUGGACACAGCGAGUGUGGACCUCAGCAUUCACCCGGUCCAAACUAAAGUGGACGACGUACACCUGUACCUCACAUGGCCGGACGGUCACGAAUCCAAGUAUAGCCUGAGCUGGCUGGCUGAGAACAGCUAUGAAGCAAAGAAGCAGAGCCUCAUCCAGCCACGCAUCCUCUGGAAUUCUGACAGCUACACGAAUUCAAACAUACCCUCUGCAAAAUGGGACAAGUUCAUGCACUGUGACGACGAGCUGAAAAUGUUUCUUCAGAACUUUCUGCUGUAUGGGGUCGCUUUUGUAGACGAUGUCCCAGCGACUGUUGAGGCCACAGAAACAGUCACGCAGAGGGUCAGCCUUAUCAGAGAGACAACUUUUGGGAGAAUGUGGAGUUUUACCUCAGAUUUGUCCAGAGGAGACACGGCCUACACCACUCAGGCCCUGGACCGUCACACAGACACCUCAUACUUCCACGAACCAUGUGGAAUUCAGGUGUUCCACUGCCUCAAGCACGAGGGAACUGGGGGAAGGACUCUACUCGUGGAUGGAUUCUAUUCUGCAGAGAAAGUACGCCAGCAGUCACCUGAAAACUUUGAGUUGCUUGCCCGUAUACCCAUCAAGCAUGAGUACAUCGAGAACACAGGCAGCCACCAAAACCACAUGAUCGGCAUUGGCCCCGUGGUUAAUGUGUAUCCCUGGAACAAUGAAAUUUAUAUGAUACGAUACAACAAUUAUGACCGUUCAGUGCUGAACACAGUUCCUCAUGAUGUCGUUCAGCGUUGGUACGUGGCACAUCGAGAGCUGACAACGGAGCUAAGGCGGCCCGAGAACGAGCUAUGGGUGAAACUGACACCAGGGAAAGUGGUUUUCAUUGACAACUGGCGUGUCAUGCAUGGGAGAGAAUCUUUCACAGGCCUCAGGCAGCUGUGCGGCUGCUACCUGACCAGAGAUGACGUUCUCAGCACUGCACGCUCCUUGGGGCUGCAGGCCUGAUCCUUCACGGGCCUCCGUUCACUCUUGUGAUCUAUAUCAUAUUGGCGGUUAGCCCACCUGUAACAUUGGUUUCAAUGCAGUUGGUCUAAGGAGCCUCUUUACUCGCGACAGUCAAUCAGAGUUCUGCACUGUGUGAAGCAUACUUAAGCAUUUCUACAUCUGUAAAUUAAAUUGUAUACUUUUGACAAGACAUACAAGUAAUAUCUGCUGGGAAUAUAGGAUUGUUAUUAGAUAUAGAGGUGCAUAAAAGUCAGGCUGUUGCUCUGAUCAGUAACAUGCCUAGAUAACUGUAAUUGAAUUCUGUUUUCUAAUUAUAUUUGUUGCUGGUGGCACAGUGAUCUGGCAGUUAGCACUUGAAGUUUCCUGGGUUUCCCAGCCGGCCAGCCAGGCUCCUUUCUUUGUGGAGCUCUGGUUUCAUCCCACAGUCCAAAGACAUGCAGGUCAGAUGAAUGGGAGAUACUAAAGUGCCCUUAGCUGUGAAUGUGCUUGUUUGUCUGUCUGCUCUGUGAUGGACUGGCAACCUGUCCAGGGUGUUUCCCCUGCCCUCAGCCUAUCCCAGUGUGCACUGGGAUAGGCUCCAGCACCCUUACGAGGAUAAGCGGUUUGGAGACUGAAUGAAUGAAUAUUUGUUGCUGUAUGAAGACUUUGUUGUGUUGUCUUUUUAGCUUUUUGCUAAAAGUUUCUUCUGUAAUCUGUGACAUGUAAAGCUGCAGAACUU